CUGGUCCAUUGCGUCCAGAGAAGUAAUCGAGAUGAGGUUUGGACUUUUCGUCCUUUUCAACCUCGCACUUUGCGCCGCACAAACUACUCAAAGUGACGACUACAUCCCGGCUCCGUAUUUUGACGAAGGAGAAAAUCUGAGCUUCAAGAACUGUGGUCACGAAGUUUCUCCGUACCGCUGGGCCGUGUCUGUUAGAAACGUUAGUAAUACAGCAUGGAAUAAUGAACUUUGCUCAGGCAUAGCCAUUUCACAAAGAACUAUUCUCCUAACAGGCAAAUGCGGCUUCUCAACACUAGAUGCAAACGAUUUACGGGUCUCUCUUAGAGCUUGUUGGUGGACACCAAAUGAUGAUGAAUGCAUGAAAAGGGACAUAAGAGUUUUGAAUAUAACAGAACUUCCUUUUACUAAAGUUGUCAUAACUGAAAAGAUGCCUAGUGAAGUAAUGCCCAUUUGUUUGUUCAAUCGAGACAACGUAAUGCGUUUGGAACUUCAAACAGAAUCACCCUACUUUGAAUGGCAACAUUUUUGGAUUGGAGAUUAUAGACACUGGACACAGAAAAUUGUGACUGGACCAGGUGAAUGCAUCAAAAAUCUAUCACAAAAAGAAUUGGAUAUUUUGAAAAUUUCUCAAAUUCCCACUAAAAAUAUCCUCUGUUUGAAGGAUCCCAAUCACGGUUUGGGUAACAGAAUUUUGGUGAACCAAUACAAAAGCCGAUAUUUCAUGAGAGCAAUAAAAUUUGAACACGGAAAUUUUUACAUUGAUAUAUUGCCACACAUCGACCAGAUUGUGAGAAAUGCAAAAGGUAUUUAUGCUCUGUCGAUGCCGCAGCCAACACCCCGAAAAAUAGAGUUCAGCGCACCAGACAACCUCAGUUUCCCCGACUGUGGAAGGAAACCGACAGCAGAAAGUAGAAGAAAACGAGACAAUGAUGAUUUCUCCGAGGAUUUGUCACCGAUUCAUCAUGUUUUCGGAGGCAGCACAGCUCAGGAAAGUGGGCACCCGUGGCAUGCUUACAUUGAAAAUGAGGAGACUGGAACAAUCUGUGGCGGAACAUUGAUUUCGCCAACAGUAGUUUUGACUGCUGCACAUUGUCUUUAUGGAUCAAAAGCAGAGGACUUCAUAGUUGUUCUUGGGAUGUAUGAUAAAAGACAAAGAACAGCUCCUGGUGUUCAGAGAACAAAGGUUCACAGUCUGAUCGUGCACCCAAAAUAUACGGAACUUAUUAGUGCUGACGUCGGACUCAUGAUUUUGAAGAAAAAAAUACGAAUUACCGACCAUAUCCGACCGAUUUGCUUGUGGAACGAGGAUUCUAACUUGGAUCGCGUGGCUGGAACUAUAGCUAUGGUGGUUGGAUUUGGGCUUGUCGAAAACUACACGUUGCCAGAUGAACUGCAAGAGGCUCGAGUGCCGAUUUUAGCUCAUAAAGAGUGCUACUUGUCAAAAAGGGCGUUUUUUGGGAAAUAUUUGAGGCCGGGAGACAAUUUUUGCGCCGGAUACACUAAUGGAACGACCACCUGCAACGGGGACGCUGGUGGCAGCCUUUCCGUGGAAAAAGACGGUCGUUGGUUCAUCAGGGGCAUUGCCAGCUUUGGAAUGUCGAAAAGAGUGGAGUUUGAGGGCGAAGAAAGAUCGUUGUGUCACCCUAAUCAGUAUUUACUCUAUACUGACGUUGCAAGUUACAUGAACUGGAUUGUAGAUAAUACACCUGACAUAACGUCAAAAAAUUAAAGCAGCUAUUAUUAGUAAUAAUGCCAAUAAAAUAAAUAUGUGUGAGUAAAUUUACAUUCAAUCGAAAAAUAAA